CAAUGCAAAACGACCAGGGCCAUAGCACCAAUAGGACCGGGUCGAACGGAGCCGGGCUGGGCUAGGCCCGACCCUGCAGUGCGAAAAUGACUUAUGAAAACUACAACAGUUAUAAAAGGCAUAAUAGAAAGGCAUUGCGCUGAGGUGCUGAAGGUGGAGCGUCAGAAAUAAUAGGAGCUUCUUAAAGAGGCAGGCCAACUUAAGUAGUACUUAUUUUAAGUUAUGUUUGACAUAUACAGCAUUUUUAUAACAAGUGGUGGUGACAGUGCCUUGAUUGUGUUAUAAAAUGGCACCGUGUGCCUGGAAAAUACAUAACAACGCCCCUUUAAAACCAUAAAUCCAAGAGAAAUAUGAUUUACCAUUUAUGGGAGUGACAGAAUAUGAGGAAACACUGUAUGCAGAUGCAGAGUAGCUUUUUAUAGUAAAUAUUAAAAACGCUUUUAAAGUUAUUUGGUGGUUUGAAAGAUUUUGUGGGCAUAGUAUAGUUUUCAACCCGUGUUUUGUCUUAUAGGCGUCCUGUUGCCACAUCUUAGCUUUGCGGAAGUAUCAUAAAUUCGUACAGCGAAAUGACUAUACUGCUUUUAUAUCCGUCAAGAUCAGUAGAUGUUUAUGAAGUAUUUGGUCAUCUCAUGCAUGCUACAGUCGCCAGAACGUGCUGCCUGGCCACCAUGACUCUGGGUAAGGCCACCCACUAAUGACGCAUGCGCCUUAAAUCUAAACGUUCGAAAACAUCAGCGCGAAAAUACAGGUCGAUAGGCGAUUAUAACAUACCGGUACCUUAGUUUUGAGUUUUUGUUGCUCUUUUUCUGCUGUGCCGUUUGUGUCUUAAAUCAUAUUUAGUCUAAACAUAUUGGUUAAAGUAAUUUUCAACUUAUUAAUACUAGCUACGCUUUGAGGCGGUGGUAGUUAGCUAUUUAGCUCGCUGUUUUUGUACGGGUAACACUAUGAAGCCGUCAAGAGGCUCAAAACGGCCUCCAACAAAAGCCCCCAACCCGAAAAAGAAAAAAGAAAAGGCAUCGGAACUUCCUGCAAAAGAGGAUCAGGAGCAAGGUGAUAAUGAGAAAAUCCCCCUCUCAAAACCACUUAAGAGGAGAAAAGGAGAUUCACCUUCAGUGUCAAAGAAACUGACCAUUCAGGAUAGCUGGAGGCCGAUGCCCCCGUCCACCAUCAAUGCUGUGGAGAAUAUAUUGGACUUAUCCAUACUAGCAACACUUGCUUUAAAGCGGGCAGGGAAGAAAGAGAGCCAGGAACAUCUAAACAUCAUCAAAAAUAAGUUUUUAGCUCAUUGUGCACAACUUAAGGUUCCAGUGCAGAAACGGGGAGAUCUGAUUCAUUCAUCUCAACGCCACCAGGAGGAGACCAAGAAGUCUGAGCUCGGAAAGACGACGCUGAACUCCCUGAAAGAAGACUUGAAGGCUGUUCUCAGCGCUCUGGAAAGGAUAGAGGAGCAGACGGUGUCUUUACAGCAGACAUGCUCAAAGCUGAGAGAUGAGUUGGAGGAAGAAGAAAAGAAAGCAAAACAGAUUUUAGAAAUAAGUGAUCAGUGCGUUCUCAAGCUUCCGUCUCUUCUGCCGCAAAAAGAGGAAAUCACAUUAGAGUCUCGUUUACGGAAAAUAAUACCUGAGUGUGAUUGUGAGACGACAGCACAGAAGCUGGGGGUCAUUCUGCAGAAACCAGCGACCACCCAGGAUGCCCAGGUCCUACUACUGCAGGCACAGAAACAUGCUGACCACCUCUUCCCCUCGCUGAGCCGUGGUGCAACUUAUGAAGAUGAAGUAGAAACACAUUUUUCUUAAGGGUUCUUAAUGCAGAAAAUGCUUUUUCAUUUUUUUUUUAAAAUUAUUAUUAGGUUGAUUGUUGUGGUUAGAUUUCUCUUGCAAAAACAGUUGAACUGUUUUUGCUUUCUGAUCCAUUUAUUUUAAAAUUAUACUUCUUGGCUUUGAAACAUAAGACAUAUUUGCCUUUUGUCUGUUCCGCCUUGUGCUACAGUUAUACACGUCACUAAAAUACCAUAUUGUUUUCAAAUAAAGUUUCACUCGACAAUA